AAGCUUCCAGCUGUCCCAGGGUUCCUUACCUGUUUUUUGCACCAACGAUUCUUUGUCAGAUUCCCACUGAUUGUGAGAAGCUGGUUCCGGUUUUGCCUCUCUCAUCUCCCAGAGGGACACCCCAAGGGCUGAUUCAGCCUUUAGGCCACUAGGCAACGCUGCCCCCUCCCUACUCAAGUUGGACCCUCCCCACUUCACAAUGGCUAGCCUCUCAAAUAGUGCCAGUUCACAAAUCCCCACCCCACUGCUUCCUUGUACCCCCAGCCACUUGUGGCCAGGUUCCCCCUCCAACCCUGGCACCCCCCAGAGUGACCUCAGCCCCCAGCCCCUCCAGGGCACUCCUCUCAGCCCCCAGAGUGGCACCGGUUUGCCACGCUUCCCUUUUGAUCUCUCCCCCAUCAGCACGUCUGCCACUCCCCAGAAUGACCUCAAUUACUCACAAGCCUCCCCACUGUUGUUUUCUCACUCCUGCAGAUCCCUAGAGUCUGGCUCUCCCAGCAGCCCCCACAGCGGCAUCAGUCCUCCGCCCUUCCCACCCCAGCGCACCCCCCUCAACUCCCCGAGAGACUUCAGUUCUCCCCACUUUCCAUUUGGGUUUAGUUUCCCUCCCCUUCCUCCUUCCGCGAAGACCCCGGCCAGCUUCAUGAAGCAGUAUUCCCCUUGGCAGGCUCCUGCGGUCAAUUCGCCCUACUGCCCCCCAUCACGAACGGCCAUCAGCAAUCUCAUCAGAGCCCACAGGGCCCCACCGGUGCAAGCGUCCCCUCUCCUGUUUUCUCCCUCUGGCAGCGAGGAACUGGAGAGCUCCAGAAGCCAGCCGGCCUCAGUGAGGGGGGGCACUGGCUCCCUUCCCGGGGAAGGGGUUUCCCCACAGCUUCUGGGUCUGCUCUCAGGAAGCUUCAGAAGCCAGCCGGCCCCCACGCCCGGCUCCAUCUCUGGAGGAGGCUUCCAGGGAAUGACGAGUGUGUUUCCAGGGGACGCUCACUCUAUCUCCCCACAGCUUCUGGGUCUCCUCUCGGGUGGCUUCAACACCCAGAGUGCCCCCUUGGCCUUGCAAACCCCACCUCUGGGUAAGAAGGCCCUAGGACUGGGCUCCCCAGAAGAGUGCCCCUCUCCCCUCAGUGGCAUGGCUUCACCAGAUAUCCCCGCUAUUUUCCGCAGCAACCAGUCUCGUUCGGACCCCUUCCAGUUGUCAGAUGAUGCCUCCGGUUUUGAUUCCCAGGGUGACAUUUCAGCAGCUGGCUCACCCUUCAGCCCCAUAGGCAACCGCAACCUCUCUCCAGUCCCUUGGGAACUUCUCCAUGGGGCAGGGCCUGGCUUCAGCCCUCAGAAUGGCAGCAUCCGUUCACCAGCACUCCCCAGCCCGCUGGGCACUCCCAGCAGUGGCCUCGGAGCACACUACUUCCAAGCUCAGCCCUCUUCCGCCAGCCCCCCGUGUGAGCAAAAUUUGCAAAACGUGCCAACUCCGCUUUCUGGCCACGAGGAGAGCCUCGCGGACUACCUCCUACCUCCUUAUUUCUAUAGCCCAUUCAACUCACGGAAAAUUCCAAGCAUGUAUUCUUAUGUCCAGGCACCAGCCUAUAUGGCAAGGGUGGGUUACGUCCCCCCAAAGACACCAAGACCUUUUCUGCCUCUCCCUCAAUGGGUCUUUGAUAGGGUAAUGGCCCAACAUGAAUCUUGUGCUGGUGCCCCCUGGAUCUUGCAAACCCCACCUCCAGGAAGGAAAGCCAGGGCACUGCCCCCUGGAGAAGAGGGUGUCUCUCCUAUUAGCUCUAGAAGCCCCCAGAGUGACCUCAGUGCACAGUACUUCCAAGGCCAGGCCUCUUCCCCCAGCCCCCAGAGUGGCCUCGGUGCACAAUACUUGCAAGCUCAGCCCUCUUCCCCCAGCCCCCAGAGUGGCCUCGGUGCACAAUACUUGCAAGCUCAGCCCUCUUCCCCCAGCCCCCAGAGUGGCCUCGGUGCACAAUACUUGCAAGCUCAGCCCUCUUCCCCCAGCCCCCAGAGUGGCCUCGGUGCAGAAUACUUCCAAGCUCAGCCCUCUUCCCCCAGCCCCCAGAGUGGCCUCGGUGCAGAAUACUUCCAAGCUCAGCCCUCUUCGACCAGCCCCCAGAGUGACCUGAGUAGCCCUCAAUUCUUCCCACCUCAGAGCACUCCCGUCAGUUCCCUGAGUGGCAACUGUAUGCCAGGCUUGUCAGGUGACCUCUCUCCCAUCAGCCCCCUGAAUGGCCUCAGUGCACAAUACUUCCAAGCUCAGCCCUCUUCACCUAGUCCCCAGAGUGGCCUCGGUGCACAAUACUUCCAAGCUCAGCCCUCUUCACUUAGUCCCCAGAGUGGCCUCGGUGCACAAUACUUUCAAUCUCAGCCCUCUUCCCUCAGGCACCAGUGUGACCUCAAUUUGCAAAUGGCGCAAACUCAGCCUUCCACCCCCGAGAAUAGCCUCGCUGACCACCUCCUACCUCCUGUUUUCCUCAGCCCAUUCAACUCACGAAAAGUUCCAAGCAUUUAUUCUUAUGUCCAGGCACCAGCCUAUAUGGCAAAGGUGGGUUAUGUCCCCCCAAGGCCACCAAGACCUUUUCUGCCUCUCCCUCAAUGGGUCUUUGAUCAGGUAAUAGCCACAGAUGAAUAUUGUGCUGGUGCCCCCUGGAACUUGCAACCCCCACCUCCAGGAAGGAAAGCCAGGGCACUGCCCCCUGGAGAAGAGGGUGCCUCUCCUCUCAGCCCUAGAAGCCCCCAGAGUGGCCUCAGUGCACAGUACUUCCAAGGUCAGCCCUCUUCCCCCAGCCCCCAGUGUGACCUGAAUGGCCCUCAAUUCUUCCCACUUCAGAGCACUCCCAUCAGCCCCCAGAGUGGCCUCGGCUCACAAUACUCCCAGCCACAGUCCCCUGACCCCUCCAGCUGUCUCCAGGCCCCUGGCUCCCAGAGUGACAUCAGUCCUCCACUCUCCUCACCGCAGUGGCCCCACUCUAUCCCUUACUACUACCCUCACACCAGCCCUGAUCUCAGCCCUUUUGCCUACCUUCCUAUCAACCCCAGGUUCACUCCCACCUUUCCUAAAGGCCAGACCCCUGGCCCCCUGGGGGUUCAGAAGAACAGGACUCCCCCACUACAGCUGCCAGGCGACCUCUCUCCCAUCAGCACUCCCGUCAGCCCCCAGAGUGGCCUCGGCUCACAAUACUCCCAGCCACAGUCCUCUGACCCCUUCAGCUGUCUCCAGGCCCCUGGCUCCCAGAGUGACAUCAGUCCUCCACUCUCCUCACCACAGUGGCCUCACUCUAUCCCUUACUACUACCCUCACACCAGCCCUGAUCUCAGCCCUUUCGCCUACCUUCCUAUCAACCCCAGGUUCACUCCCACCUUUCCUAAAGGCCAGACCCCUGGCCCCCUGGGGGUUCAGAACAACAGGCCUCCCCCACUACAGCUGCCAGGCUUGUCAGGCGACCUCUCUCCCAUCAGCCCCCAGAGUGGCCUCGGCUCACAAUACUCCCAGCCACAGUCCUCUGACCCCUCCAGCUGUCUCCAGGCCCCUGGCUCCCAGAGUGACCUCAGUCCUCCACUCUCCUCACCACAGUGGCCCCACUCUAUCCCUUACUACUACCCUCACACCAGCCCUGAUCUCAGCCCUUUUGCCUACCUUCCUAUCAACCCCAGGUUCACUCCCACCUUUCCUAAAGGCCAGACCCCUAGCCCCCUGCUGUGUCAGAAGAACAGGACUCCCCCACUACAGCUGCCCCGCCAAGGGGUCAUGUCUCCCACUCAAUGUUUUGGCGCGAGACCUAUGCCCACCAGGGGACAAUUUUUUUCAUUCCCUUCACCUCCACCUCAAGCACAAGCCCAAGUCUCAAAAGCGCCACAGAAGCCAGCUGACAACUGUCCUGAUAACUAAGCCAUGUCUCUGCACAACGCCAAACCAAAGAGUAACACGGCCACCCAUCCUGAACCUGUCUUCAUGGACUCGAGAACAGCGCAACGGCACGACCAGCUGCAAUUACAACAUCAUCAUGAAUGAGCUGAAAUCCACGGACUAUAACUUAGAAUACACUGCAAUCACUUACGGCGUCCUCUGGAACCCACCCAACACCGCUGGCGCCGAGGGAGACUUCCAGUGCCUGUUGAACACCCUCAGUACCACCAUUGCCCCAGAGACGCACACCAAACGCAUCAUCCCACUCAGUUGCCUCCAUCGUCUGUCACAGACCAACAAGAAGCCCUUGUCCAUCUGCUGAUGACCACUCCCGACCACAGGGCGCACCCCUCUGCAAAUGCAAUAAACCAUCUGAAAAUGCCAA